AUGGGCGACCAAUCCUUUAACUCCCUCGCCCUGAUCUCUUCUCGCUACACUACCACCGCUGUAAAGGUGUUAAUAGAGUUGGCCGCUGCACAUAUAUUCUCCCUAUGUCAGGCUCUCGACCUGCGCGCCAUGAAGUUGCUCGUCCUGCAUAGUGUACACACCGAGUUCAACACCGAAGAACGGUUUGUUCAUAUUGGUAAAUCAAUGCGUGUCACCAUCAUCGACUACCUCACCACCCCACUAGACCCUUUGGUGCUAGAAGAGAUGGAAGCCCUGGUCAUGAAGGUUACUCUUCUGCUCCAGGAAGGAUGGUACUCCAGUAUGAAUGUAUACUUAGACCACUAUGAUGCCAGCCCCAUACUAGGAACGGCUUUGAAGUCGAUAUAUGAAUAUGUGCGGAAGACCCUGGGCAUUCCCUUUUUGCACACGGCCAGGAUUCUAACUCCUAUCCCUUACAAAGCCUCUUCGAACUAG